AUGGAAGCUUUUGAUAAUCCCAUUAUCCCAUUAGAGGCCGAAGAAGAUGAUCAAUUUCCAAUUGGUUUAAAAGUGCUUGCAAUUGAUGACGAUAUUGUUUGCCUUCGUUAUCUUGUUCAACUCCUUGAAAAGUGUCAAUAUAAAGUAAGUGCAACAACAAGAGCUGAGGAAGCAAUAAGGUUAAUAAACGAUGAGAAACAGAUAUUUGAUAUUGUUAUUACCAAUGUUGUACGACACGACAUGGAUGGCUUCGAAAUCCUUCAAAUCAUUGGCGUUGGAAUGGAUAUUCCAGUUAUUAUGGUAUCAGCUAAUGAAGAUUUGAAGAUGAUGAAGAGGGGACUUAUGGAAGGAGCUGAGCUCUAUUUACCAAAACCUGUCGGAUUACAAGAAUUGAAAAAUAUUUGGCAACUCGUUUUGCGUAAAAGAUUAUCUCGUAAAAGAUCAAACCCUAAUCUUUUGCUAUUGGAACAACCUGCAGUAGAAGAACAUCGUCAUUCCCUUGAAAGGGUUACAAUGGAUCAAGAAUAUUAUAAGAAGCCACGAAUAAGUUGGACAAAGGAGUUGCAUGCAAAAUUCAUUGAAGCUUAUGAGAUAUUAGGAGAAAAGGAGAGAGUCCCAAAUAACAUUUUGAAGCACAUGAACGAUCCUAGAUUGACACGAGAGAAUGUGGCGAGUCAUCUUCAGAAACACAGAGAUACAUUGAGAAAGAAGAAAGAAAGCGGAGUUGGAAAACUAGGAAUUCAAAAAAAAUUAUAUGAUAAAAAUCAAACAAAAACCUCCACAUUAUACAAUUCGAUGAACCAUAUGAACAAGGUUUCAAAUUUGGGGUCUCAAUUUCUAAUAAGCAAUGGCCAAGGGAAUCAGACGUGGACGGCGGCCAGAAGUUGCUAUCCGGUGCCGGAAUUCAAACCCUUUAAUUUUCCACCCAAUAAUUCAACUUCAAGAACAUGUGAUGAUGAUAAUCCGUAUUACUCGGGAGGAUUUGAUGAACCAAUCAACAAUAGUUCUUAUUAUCCUAAUUCCUUGGAAACUAAUUGCGGUUUCAAUUCAACUUCUCAAAUUCUCGUUGGACAAUAUGCGAUUGAAAACCAUACUGAUGGUGGUGCAGCUUCAAAGCGUGAAGGUGUUUUUUGA